GCUAAACCUCAUUUCCGGGCGCGACGCACUUAGAGCGUUUUAGGUUUUUUCCCUCCGUGAAGCUUUCGGGCCGAGAGGAUCGCUCCGCUCCGCACAGGGAAGGGCUCGGUUCGCCUACCGCGCAGCCAUGACUGAGGCAGAAGUGAACCCCAAAGCUUACCCACUGGCUGAUGCACAACUCACCAAAACUCUGCUGGACCUUGUACAGCAGUCCUGCAACUACAAACAGCUACGCAAGGGUGCCAAUGAAGCCACUAAAACACUGAACAGAGGAAUAGCAGAAUUCAUUGUGAUGGCUGCAGAUGCUGAGCCCCUGGAGAUCAUCCUGCACCUCCCUCUCUUGUGCGAGGACAAGAAUGUGCCCUAUGUCUUUGUGCGCUCCAAGCAGGCCCUGGGCCGGGCAUGUGGUGUCUCCCGGCCUGUCAUUGCCUGCUCAAUUACCAUCAAGGAGGGGUCACAACUGAAGCCUCAGAUUCAAUCCGUCCAGCAAGCUAUAGAGAGACUGUUGGUUUAAAUCUGCCUAAAACCCAAUAGCUGAAAUCCAUAAUUUAAAAAAGAAAAAAAAAGAAAAAAGUUGGGGAGGAAAUUAAUGAUAGUUAGACAAUACAAUAGUUUGAUACCAAACUCUUGUUUCAAAAUGCCAGGUGUUUGUUUUACAGUGGCUUGCUCCUAUUAUAUAUUUCAACUCUCCACUGUGGGUGAGUCUAGAUUUUCUCCCUCUCUCCCUUGCCGGCCUUUCAGAAGACAUUCUUGCAGUACUA